ACCAUUGCCUGACGUCAUUUCCGGGAGCUCUUGUCGUGUAGUAGGAAUUUUAGAACGUGUUGAAAAAGAUACCGUUGUCGGCACGGUGGUGGAACACGUGAGAAAUCAGUUGAAGUUUCAGCCUAGAGACUCGCGACUGCCAGCAUGGCUCCUGGAAGCACCUAAAGUUAUGAGGGGACUUAUUUGCGACAAGUAUUAAUGAAUGACGACAGUAGAGACAGAGUGUAAGACAGGUUCUUUACAACAGGUUCUAAUGACUGUCAUAUAGCUUCUAAUGACCGUGAGACAGAUAUGAUGACUGUAAGAUAAGUAGUGAUCGUGAUCAUGACUGUGAGGCAGAUUCUAGACGUUUUAGUGGAAGUUGAGCAUUCUUGUCUCACGCGGUAGGAAAAUAUCAUGCAGAGGGGAUAGACACAACAUGAUGGGCAACUAACACUUAACUAGCUUGAGUCACGAAAGAAGCGACUUCAUUCCUCUCUGAUCCUGAUGGUCUCGUAGCUUAACGAUCCGUUGCUUGUAGGUCUCUUGUUCUAACAGAAGCCUGAGAGAUUUCAAAGCGAGUGGC